AUGGCCUCUCUGGGUGCCUCUCCCACUGGAUUGGUAUACGUGUUUGGCCCGGUGUUAGCGGUGACCUAUCGUCUUGGCCUGGCGAUCUGGCGUUUAUACCUCUGUCCUCAAGCGGAAAUCCCUGGGCCGAUGUUGGCAAAGCUCACAUAUUGGUACGAAUUCUACUACGAUGUCGUUCUCGGCGGUCAAUAUAUCUGGAAGAUCCGGGCAAUGCACGAGCAAUAUGGGCCGAUUGUGCGCAUCAACCCGGAGGAAGUCCACAUCCAUGACGCCGACUAUUAUGACCAAGUGUAUACCGGCCCCACCCACAAACGGAACAAAUGGACCUUUUUCACGAACCAAAGUGGGUUACCUCAGUCGGGUUUUGGGACUCCAGACCACAAUCUCCACCGCAUGCGCCGGGCGGCGUUGAAUCCGUACUUCUCCAAGGCCAAAGUGCGGAUCUUGCAACCGCGCAUCGAGUCUAGUUUGAACAAUCUACUAGCUCGCUUUCGCGAAUUCCAAGAAUCCGGGGAGCCGAUGACGGUGUCGUUGGCUUAUGCGGCCCUCGCGACUUUGACCCGAGCUUCAAAGAAGCCGAUUGCUUUGAACCCGGUCAUGGCGAGUUAUAUAAAACUCAACAAGGAUAUUAUUCGGCAUGUUUCUGAGAUCUACUCGCAUCGUGGCGAUACCCAUAGUAAAUAUAACUCGCAAACGACCAUCUUCCAUGCGAUUCUGCAAGGUGGUUUGCCCGAGAAAGAAAUGUCUCCCGACCGCCUUUGGCAAGACGGGCAGGUGGUCGUCAUUGCCGGCACAUUGACGACCGCAGCCGCGCUCUCAGAAAUCACGUAUCAUCUGCUGAGACAACCAAACGAACUGAAGACACUCAAAGAUGAGCUGGCAAAGGCCAUACCCGACCCAACAGCUCUCCCGGAAACCGCCAAGCUGGAGCAACUUCCAUACCUCACAGCCAUCAUUAAAGAAGGUCUCCGUUUGAGUAGUGGCAUCAGCACGCGGUUGCAGCGCAUUGCCACUGACGAGACGCUCAUCUACACGGCCAAGAAAGCCGUCGGUGAGAAGCAAUAUGUCCUUCGUCCGGGGAUUCCUCUCUCCAUGACCGGCCUGCUUAUCCACCACUCACCGACUUACUUUAGAGAUCCCAUGGCGUUCCGUCCGCAACGAUGGAUCGAUGACCCGAUUCUCGAAGCUUAUCUCGUGCCGUUCUCUCGCGGCACCCGAGCCUGCGUGGGCAUCAAUCUGGCGUACGCGGAGCUUUAUCUCACAGUGGCGGCCGUGUUUUGUCAAUAUGGUAGCCGAGAAGUCCGCUUUCCAAACGACAAGGGGUUUCUGGAGCUAUACAAUACGAGCCACAAGGACAUCGAGAUUAUUGGUGAUGGGGUAACCCCAUUGUAUCGGUCGGACGGUAAUGGAGUUAGGAUCGUGGUUCACGCAGUAUGA